AUGGUCAUACGCAACCGGGACCAGCGCCGUCCAACGCACAAGCGAGCACAGACAUUACUUAUCCGCGACCGAAGAACCCGGUCUGCUGACGCCCCAAGGCAGGGUCAAGGCAUGGGCCCGCCGCUCGCGCGCCCCCGAGAGGCCAAUCAGCUGGUUUGGCUACCGGUAGCGACUGGCACGGUUGAAUGUGCAGUCGUCCGGAGCACUUUGGACGCGCGCGGCCACAGGGCGGACAACGAAGAGACGCACGCCAAGAGGCUCUGGCGCCGGCCCCCUCCCCCUCACUCGCCGGGAUCGCACGCCCCCCGCGCCGCCCGCGCCACCGACGGCAAUGAGCAGUGCAAGGGCGCCCGCGGCCUACCGCGCGUCCACCACCUCGGGGUCGCCAAAUCUGGCGGUGCCGAGCGCGCGUCCGCCGAGGGCGCAGCUUCGGCGGUGAACACUGAAGACACGCCGGCGCGCGCCCCUCCAUCGCCUGCGGCGGCCGCUUUGUAUGACAACUUCACCGCUCGAUCCACGCACAUAGACAUCCCCUUGGCACGCCCCGCGGCAUCGCCUGAGCCGCCCAUCUUCGCCCUGCGCGGCGCCAACCAGGGCGCGAACCAGGCUGCCGCACGUGUGGUGAUGCAGAUAGGCGUGGUCGCCGCGCGGGGUUCGGGAACCGGCGCACGGGCUUGCGAGCACGUGACGCGAUUGGAUGUCAGAUUUGCAGCGCGCUCGGGCGGCGGCGGGCGGCGGGCGGCGGGCGUCGUGCGGCCGCGCGUGAAAGGCUCGCGGGAGUCGCUCGACGAUGCAUGCUGGCAGGCCGACCUACGGCCGCGUCCGCGCGUGAAAGGCGUGCGGGAGUCGCUCGACAACGCAUGCUGGCAGGCCGACCUACUGCCGCGUCCGCGCGUGAAAGGCGCGCGGGAGUCGCUCGACGAUGCAUGCUGGCAGGCCGACCUACGGCCGCGUCCGCGCGUGAAAGGCGCGCGGGAGUCGCUCGACGAUGCAUGCUGGCAAGCUGAUCUCAAGCGCUGCCACUUGUAUAUCAGUGAAUCGGCGUCACCUCCUUCUCCAGAGUCCGCCGGGACACCCGGCCUUCCGCGGUCGCGCUGUGCGUCGACUCCAAAGUUCAGACGUGCACGAGCUCGAGUACCCGAGUGCUACCCGUUCAUCCUCAAACACAAUAUACGCACGCACGUUCGUCCAUACACACAAGCAUGCACACAACAGCAACAUUUCCACACGUACCACAGCAGUACGCAGCACGGUGACCGCCGGAGCCCACGCCUCGACGCCUCGACGCCUCGACGCCUCGACAAAACGUUGAACGCUGUACGACACGAGCGUCGAGCGGGACAAGGACCGCCGAACGACGACAGCACCACACCGCACCACCCCACAUCCAUCCAUCCAAAAAGGUAA